AUGAUCACUGCCGUUACAAUUUGUGGAAUCGUCUGUACGUUUGACUUGAUAUCGCCAACUACAAAUGAAAAGUUUGCCAAAGUCUAUGAAGCGACUGAAGAUGAUAAAAAUACAGCAGUGGCAGUAGCAAAGGCAGCUUUCCCGCCGUGGUCUGCGCUUUCGCCGCUUCCGGGAGAGGUUGGCUUCCUGAUUCUCGAAUCGCACGAGGAACUUGCUCAACCAGAGGCUGUGUCCAUGGGUCGUCCUGUCCCAGGAUAUUUCGACCCCUGUGCAGCAGCAAUCACCUUUAACUUCUUCGCCGAGAACGGCUACCAGGCGCUAUGA